AUGUAUUAGGGAUCCAACCUUUCUCGUACAGGCCAGAUGGCUGUAUCGAACGAGCAGGUCUCCAAUUAGCUAAAACUACUCAAGGCUAAGAUGAGCAAUCGGGACACUUGGUAAUAGGGAACCAAUCAGCAACUAGACGGUUAUCCCCAUACUCAACCUACCAAACCAUCACAAUCGCCUCUCUAUCCCAAAAGUGACUACGAUUUCUAUACUAUGAAACAACAAUAGCAGCAGUAAAUGCAAUCCAGCUCUCAGCCUAAAAUCGCUGAUCCACGCGCUCUCAAUUACUAACAAUUGCAACAAUACAAACAACAACAAGUGCCCCCUCCUCAGAAUGCCAAUCGAAACGAUCCCUAUCUAGGUAUGAAUGCCAUUAAUAGACUCAACUACUACGAUUAACUUUAGAAGUACAAGGAAGAUCCAUACAAAAAGAGUAACAACUUAAACAAUUACAAUGCUCCCCAGAGCUAUUAUGAGUAAUAAUUAAACAAGCGGCAAUAAUAACAACAAUUAGUGCAAUAGCCUCCUAAAUACUACGAUGAUGUCUUAACUAAAAAAUAAUAAUCUUAUGGAUAUUAGUAAAAUAAUAAUUACGAUUUCACCCAAUAGCCAGUUUCAUUGCAAAAUAAGUAUGAUUAUAUGAAUUACAAUAACAAUUACUCAAAUAAUGGUCCAUAUAACAAUAAUACGUAGUGGUAAAACCAGAACUAAAACAACAUAUAUAAUAAUAAUAAUAACAAUAACAAUAAUUACAAUUAUUAAUAAUAGACAUCUCAAACAAAUCAAUAUAAUCUAUAUGGGAAUCAGAAUCUAAAUAUUAACUAGAAUAUUAAUUCAUAAUAGCAGCAAUCCUCAUACAAUUAAUAUAAUUACAAUUAAAAUCCUUAAUCUUUAUCUCCACUCAAAUAGCAACAACCACAACCUACCUAAUAAUAAUUCAAGUACUCUCAACACAAUUCUUAACCUCAGUUUGAAAAAAGAGAAAGACCUAUCGAAAGACAGUAAGAUCCAAUUCCAGAAUAAUAAUACAAGCAAUCCUAAUAAUCUUACUAGCCAUAAGAAUAAUAAUACAACAAACCGCAACCCAGAAAGCAACAAUAACCAUAGCCACAAUCAUUCAAUGCAAACAACAAUAAAGCGUAUAAUCCCAUUGACGAAAUGCCUGCUGUGGCUAAGAAAAAUCAAACCAAUGCAAUUCCACCUGAGGAGGAUGAUGAUGGUGACUUACAAGAAUGUCCAGAGGGAUGUGGCAGAAGUUUCAAGGAAAAUGCCUUGGACAAACAUAUUAAAGUAUGCAAAAAAGUGUUCUAAUCCAAAAGAAAAGAAUUCAAUUCAAAGGCACAUAGAUAAGUUAAUUUAGGAGUAAGCAAAAUUGGAGAAGCAAGGGCUGGUUAAGGAUAAGAUAAUUGA